GACUCCUUAUUAUGGUUUAGUGAAAGUUAAAAAGAAAAGUCGCAUGUUACGCGAACUGUCAAUGUCAUUCUGCUCUCGAAAAUCGUCAGACUCAGUGAAGCCUACGAAAGUUUUAAAUAACUAAUUACAAAUCAAAUAUGGCAUUCCUGAGCUGCGGCAGAUUGGGCAGCCGUUCGGUGCUUGCAAGUUUAAACAAGGUUCCUACAGUAUUAGCAUCUGCAAACUAUGCUCAAGCUGCAGGCGUUCCUAAAAUCGUGUAUAAGAAGUAUGAAGCACCUAAAUUGGAACACCAUGACGACAGGAAUGCCCGUCUGAAACGGCCGAUGUCGCCACAUCUUACGAUAUACGCCCCACAGUUGACCAGCAUACUGUCUAUUACCCAUAGAACUACAGGAAUUAUCUUGUCUGGGUACUUCAGCGUGCUGGGAAUUGGGGCUUUAGUGUUGCCACAUGAUAUCUCCCACUACAUUGCCAUCAUUGAGAGCAUGAAUUUGUCACCGGCAACACUCUUUUUGGGAAAAUUCCUGCUUGCUGCGCCUGUGGGCUACCAUUUAGCGAACGGAGUCAGACAUCUCUUCUGGGACAUGGCUAAGGGACUCACAAUCAAAGAAGUUUAUGCAUCAGGCUAUACCAUGUUAGGUCUUUCUGUAGUUAUCACACUGAUCUUAGCUGCUUUAUAAUCAUUUCCGACAGGACCAGAAUAAAAAAUGAAAUAUUGUUGGGUAUUAUUUAUUUAUUGUCAAUGUAAGUAAUGAAAUAAAAGUUAAACAAUCA